UGAGCACCAGGGAGGGGCUGAGGGGUGCACGGUCGGCUGAGCCAGCAGUUUCUCAGAUGGGUCAUUUUGUAGCUUAUAUGUGAGCGAAACAAAGGCACCAGGGUCACUAUGUGGAAUGGAUGCAUGGAUACCCAUACAUUCUGUGUGAACACACGUGAUUCCUGAGCCCGGCGGACAGCCCCUUUUCUCCCAUUUGAGCAGUGGGGCCUUGAUGAGCAGCAUAUAUGCAGCUGACCAUCAACAUGUACCUGCUUCAGACUGCACCAGAGCAACUAUGGCUAAACAGACACCGUCCGCCCGCAUCCAUCAUGGCAUCCGGAACACCCGGUGGCGGUCCAUCUGCCGAGCGAGUCCUCACAGCAAGCCCGAGCACUGCUGCUGGUUUUUUUGUACAGACCGAUCUCUCAAUUUUCCAAGUGGCAUCAUGACGAGGGCAAAGACUCAAUCCGGAGUGGCUCAGCUGAAUGAGAAGAUUCAUCUUUCUCCUGAGGCUCAGCAAAUCUCCAGCAUCUUGGAAAACUGCAUCAGUAACAUGAGGAUUGCUGCAGCUCUGCCUGCUGUCCUCCAGUCAGACACCCUGUCCAAUGCUGCAGACAAGAAAUUGAGAGAGUUACUGAAGAAACAUCAAGUAUUGGCUGAAAAUGUAGAGAGAGAAGGUGCUGAACAUGAGUCACAAAAAGAAAGAGAGGAGGAAACUGGAAAAGCAAAGACAAGCUCAAGGGCUCAUCUUGAAAAGGACAUUAAGAACUCAACCAGAGAUGUGCUGAGGUAUUUCCGAACCCAUCCAGACACAGCUUCUGGCUUGAAAGCAGAGUUAUUAAGUAUGGAAAUAGGCGAGAGUGAGGGGAUACUAAUUAGAAACCUGGAGAUGUUUCACAGCCACAUGCUGGAAAAGUUGCAGGCCAGUCUGGGCGAGGAGCCACAGCUGCCGACACUCUCCUCCCUGACCAAUGAUCUGAGGCAGAUCAUUUUAACAGAAGAAAAACUUCAUCCAGCCACAACGCAGUCAUCUGAGGGAGGGAAUGAUGCACGAGGACAUGUCACUUCACCUCUCACAGACUCACAGGGAGGGAAUGAUAGACGAGGAGAUGUCACUUCACCUCUCACAGACUCACAGGAACAGAAGCAGCCACAACUGAAGACACACAGCACCAAGCAGAUGAGCAUGCAACAGGAAAUUGAUCGACUGAAUGCUCAGCUCUAUAAUUUGAUGCGUGAAAACAGUCAGGCAGAAAGCACACUCCAAGAGAAAAAUGAACAGGUGGAAGUGGAAAUUGAAUCCUUACUCAAAAAUUUUGACAAUGAAAUGGAAGAAAGUCAGGCCACCCUGGAGUCAAACGAGCAGAUUUAUGAAAAGGAGCAGGAGGAAUUAAGGAAGCUAGAAAGUCUUUGUGCCAACCUGGAGGAAGAGUACAACCAGAUCCAGGAGCGACAUCGGCUGGCUGAAGAGAAGAGACAGGAAGAUAUGAAAGAGCUGGAGUUGAAGACCAAAGCUGCUGUUUAUGCUCAAGCCUGGUGGAGGGGUUACAGUACUCGCAAAGCCCUGAAGAACAAGGGCAAAAGUAAGAAGAAGGCUAAAAAAGGCAAAGGCAAAAUGGCUAAAUGAACCGAAAAGAGAAGAUCAGAGAGCAAUUCACAGGCCCACUGCUACAGCGAAAGUGGUGUCUGAUUGUUUGAUUGAGUCUGUUUCAUAUUUUUGUUCAUUAUUGUUGUUUUGCAUCUUGUUAGAAAAAAAUGUUUUCAAAAAAAUGUUACUACUACCUUUUUGACCUACAAAGUGGUUUUACAGUUUGGAAAAAAAAGUGUAAAAUUUAUAGAGAUUGUUUGAUUGAGCCUGUUUCACUAUUUUUGUUCACUAUUGUUGUUUUGCAUCU